GGCUGCUGUCAUCCACUCCUCUCUCUGUCUCUCUCUCUCUCUCUCUCUCUCACACACACACACACACACACUUCAACUGGGAUAAUCUGAACUUCACAAACUGCCAUCAGCAAGGAGGUCUCCGUCAGCUCCAGCCCAGUGUGGGAUGUGACCAGUUUGGCACCCAUCUACCUUUCUACAACAUUGACGAGCAACGCCGUGAUGACAUCAUCUUCUACCGCCAGGGGAAGAGGGGCGGGGACUGUGCAGAUGCUGAUGCUCUGGCACCUCUCUCUGCUGUGGCUGCAGCUUGCAGACUCCUACUCUUUUAAUACUGCUGAUGUUAAAACCUGGAGCCAGACAGGGCCACGCCUCAGGCUCUCACACUCAGACCUGAGGAACAGCUCUGCGGUGUUUUGGGAAGGCGGGGUGAGUGGGGGCUACCAGGUCUUGCUGUUGGAUGAGGAUCAAGGUUGGCUAUUGGUGGGAGGGAAAGACUACGUCUACCUGCUGAGGUCUGACAGCUUGGAGCUGCCCACACAUAAGGUUCACUGGCCAGCUGCAAGGGAACACGUGGAGCACUGCAUACAGGCUGGCAAGAGCCUGGAGACGGACUGUGCCAACUAUGUACGGCUGUUACAGCCCUUCAAUAAGACCCAUGUUUAUGCCUGUGGCACCGGAGCAUACCACCCUGAAUGUGCUUACCUCCACAUAGGACCCAAUACAGAGGAGCCACUUGCCUUGCUGUCACACACAUUGGAGUCUGGCAGAGGAAAGUGUCCCUUCAGCCCCAGAGAACCUUUCACUGCUAGACUGACUGAUGGUGAACUUUAUGCUGGCACGUCAGUGGACUUCAUGGGGGCCAACGCUGCUAUUUUCCGAACAUCAGUCCAGGGCAGCAGCCAGCACUACAUACGGACCGAAGCCUACCAUGACAACUGGCUUCACGAGCCAGAGUUCGUGGGAUCCUUCUCCAUCCCUGAUACACACAGUCCUGAUGAUGACAAGGUGUAUUUCUUCUUUAAAGAAAGGGCGGUGGAGGCUGGGCAGUGGGACAAGAGGGUCUAUAGCCGUGUGGCCAGAGUGUGCAAGAAUGACGUCGGUGGGAAGAGGAGUCUGAUCAACCGUUGGACGACCUUCCUGAAGGCCAGGCUGGUCUGCUCCGUUCCCGGUCCCUCUGGAGUCGACACCCACUUUGAUGAGCUAGAGGACAUUUUUGUUUUGGAGACUAAGGACCCUCAGAAUCCCACCAUAUAUGGUGUCUUCACCACCUCAAGUUCUGUGUUCCGGGGCUCAGCGGUGUGUGUGUACUCCAUGGCCUCCAUCCGCGCUGCCUUCAAUGGGCCGUUUGCUCAUAAAGAGGGCCCUGACUACAGUUGGGUCGAAUACAAGGGCCGCAUUCCCUACCCGAGGCCUGGCACUUGCCCCAGUGAGACCUACGACCCCCUCCACAAAUCGACUCGGGACUUCCCCGACGAGGUGGUGAGCUUUAUGCGGCAGCACCAGCUGAUGUGGGAGCCCGUCCUGCCUCUGGGCCGCGGACCUGUCCUGACCCGGGUCAAUGCGCCCUACGUCCUACAGAGGGUGGUAGUUGACAGGGUGGACGCUGAGGAGGGGCCCUACGAUGUUCUACACCUCGGCACAGAUGAUGGUAAGGUGUUAAAGGCGGUGACGAUCAGCAAAGACAGUUUGGACACGGAGGAGAUCAUUCUAGAGGAGCUGACUGUUUUCCAGAGUCCCACUCCCAUCCUGAAUUUGAGGCUGUCAACCAAGAGGCAACAGCUGUAUGUCUCCAGCGAGCUGGGUGUUGUUCAGCUGGGGCUCCAGCGGUGUGAGAGAUAUGGGGCCGACUGUGCUGAGUGCUGUCUUGCCAGGGACCCCUACUGCUCCUGGGAUGGACAGACCUGCUCCAGAUACUUCCCAAGCAGCAAGAGGCGAGCGCGUAGACAGGAUAUCAAGUAUGGAGACCCCUGGAGCCAGUGUCCAAUCACGGAUGACGAUUCAGGCUCUGCAGAGGCCAAGGUGGUGUAUGGUGUGGAGGGGAACUCCACCUUCCUGGAGUGCAUCCCCAGGUCCACACAGGCCCAGCUCAAAUGGACCGUGCAGCUCACAGAGACGCCGCUACAAACGCUCCAUCAGACACAUGAGAGCAGAGAGCUUCCUCAUAAGGGUGAUGACCGCUUGCUGCACAUGAAGCAAGGUUUGCUGGUUCAACGCUUAGAGCUUGGCGACAUGGGUGUGUACACCUGCACCAGCUAUGAACACUCCUAUAGCCAGGUGCUGUCCCGAUACAGGCUCAACAUCAUCUCUAACCACAACCUCAAACCGGCCAACCAACAGAACCUCCAACCAGCCCACAACCGACAGAACCACAGUCCGCUCCAGUUGGCCCCAGGGCCAGCUCUGAGCCCUGUGGCCCCAGGGAGGGUAUCCCUUGGGGGGCUAGGGGGAGCCGGGCUACUUGGCCCUCAUGCUCAACCUCUACCUGGACACAGGAGCUCCUGGCACCUUCAAUACCCUCAGCUCCCUCUGAGGAGCUACAAGGACCUCCACAUGGUUGGGGCCAAUGUCCUGAGCGUGGACGAGUAUUGUGAGCAGCUGUGGUACCGCGAAAAGCGUCGGCAGCAGAAACUACGCACCCUAAAGCUGAAACAAGAGAGCAGGAAAGCACGUGUGAGGAGGAACUACCCUGCUGACAGACCCCUCUAGUCACCCCAGGAGAGAAAACAGACAGUGUGGAGUUGACAGGAUGGUCGGCAGAGGCUAGACUGAAAACAUUAUUUCAUUCUUAUUUCCCGUUUUGCUUUGUUUGUUUGAGCUAAUAAUAUCAACUGACAGACUGGCAACAAUAUUUGCCAGAAAAAGACUGCUUUGUCCAGCACAAUAUUGACCCCAUAGAAUUCUCUGCAUGACAAAUCCAUCAGCCACAGCUAGCUUAAAGCUUAAACUAAUACUCAAAAUGCUAUUAAUUCAAGUCCAAGUUAAUGGAUACCACACAAAAAAAACAACCCUACUGCUACUUUAUGGGUCGCCACAGUGGAUCAUCCAUUUUCAUCUCUUCCUGUCCUCUGCAUCUUCCUCUGUCACACCUACCACCUGCAGGUCCUCCCUCACCACAUCCAUAAACCUCCUCCAUGGCCUUCCUCUUUUCCUCUUGCCUGGCAGCUCCACCGUCAGCAUCCUUCUCCCAGUAUACCCAGCACCUCUCCUCCACACAUGUCCAAACCAUCUCAAUCUUACCUCUCUUGCUUUGUCUCUAAACUGUCCAACCUGAGCUGUCCUUCUAAUAUACUAAUUCCUAAUCCUGUCCUUCAUCAUCACUCCCAACGAAAAUCUUAGCAUCUUCAACUCUACGACAUAGCUGGUCUCACUACCAUCUUGUAAACCUUUCCAUUAACUCUCGCUGGUACCCUUUUGUCGCCAAUCAUUUCUGACACUAUUCUCUCGCUCUCAUUUUCUUCAUUCAUCAGCCCUCAACGUCAGUGGCACCGGCAGCCGUAAUCCUGUAUGCACCGUGCGUACAUUUUUUUUUAUGGUUUUGUUCUUUUUUUUUUACAUUCUAUCUUGAAAAUAAAGUUGUGACAACAGCAGAUCCUGUUAACAUCACUGGCUAAUAGUGCACAGUGUGUACAGGAUUACGGCUACCGGCACCACUGCUCAAAGUACUGCUUCCACCUUCUCAACAUACUCUCCUCACUUAUCAGCACAUUUUCAUCUGUCCUUCAUCACCCGAACCUGCUGCACAUCCUUUCCAGCUCAGUCCCUCUGUCUAACCAAUCAGUACAGGUUCUUUUUCUCCUUCCUUAGUUUUCAACCUCUCAUACAACUCACCAUGUGCCUUUGCCUUUGCCCUCUCUCUUCACUUUAUGCCACAUCUCCUUUUACUCCUGUCUGCUUUCUUCAUCUCUCUAUCCACUUCCUCUUCGCCAACCCCUUCACCUGUACUUCCUCAUUCUACCACCAAGUCUCCUUGUCUUCCUUGCUCUGCCCAGAUGACACACCAAGUACCUUCCUAGCUGUCUCCCUCGCUUUCUGCAGUAGUUGCCCAGCCAUCCACCAACUUGUCACUACCACCCAGUGCCUGUCUUGACUACACCUUGAACUCCACACAACAGUCUUCCUUCUUCAACUUCCAGCAUUUGAUCCUUUGCUCUGCCUUCAUUCUUUUCCUCUUCUUGAUCUCCAAAGUCAUCCUACAGACCACUACCCGAUGCUGCCUAGCUACAUUCUCCCCUGUCACCACCUUGCAGUCUCCAAUCUCUUUUAGAUCGCGCCUCCUGCAUAAGAUAUAGUCCACCUGUGUGCACCUUCUUCCACUUUUAUACGUCACCCUGUGUUCCUCCCUUUCUUGAAAUAUGUAUUCACCACAGCCAUUUCCAUCCUUUUUGCAAAAUCCACCAUUUGUCCUUCCACAUUCCCCUCCUUGACACCAUACCUACCCAUCACUUCCGCAUCACCUCUGCUCCCUUCACCAACGUGCCCACUGAAGUCCACUCCAAUCACCAUUCUCUCCUCCUUGGGUACACUCUCCACCACUUCAUCCAACUCACUCCAGAAUUCUUCUUUCUUUUCCAUCUCACACCCAACUUGCAGGGCAUAUGCGCUGAUAACAUUCAUCAUCACACCUUUGAUUUCCAGCUUCACACUCAUCACUCUGUCCGACCCUCUCAUCACCUCCAGCACACUCUUGGCAUACCCCUCAUUCAGAAUUACCCCUACCCCAUUUCUCCUCCCAUCCACACCAUAGUAGAAGGGUUUGAACCCACUUCCGAUGCUCCUGGUCUUACUGCCCUUCCACCUGGUCUCUUGCACAUGCAGUAUAUCUACCUUCCCUCUCUCCAUCAUAUCAGCCAGCUCUCUCCCUUUACCAGUCAUAGUGCUAACAUUCAAAGUUCUGACUCUCACCUCAACGCUCCUACCCUUCCUCCUCUCUGGCUGACUCUGGACAUGCCUUCCCCCUCUCCUUCUCAUUCUCCCAACAGUUGCAUCGUCUUCACCAGCUCCACCUGCCUGCCAACAGUACCGGUGGUGGUAAUUGGUUACCUGGGCCUCGAACGAUCUGGUAUGGAAAUCUGAUUUAUGAUUCUUACAUUUGAUUUGUCAAGUUUAUGCCGGAUCGGAUGCCCUUCCUGUUGCAAACCUCCCCUUUUAUCCAGGCUUGGGACCAGCACUAAGAAUGCAAUGGCUUGUGCAUCCUCAGUGGCUGGGUUGGAUACCACAAAAAAAAACAAAAAAAGAAAGUAUUGUUGGUGUCAUGGUAAUAUUGUUGGUGGUUUGGCACUGUUUGGUAUAAUUAAAAUAAGUUGAAGCACACCUUGUAAUCAGAAGCAGAAUUGCUUAAUUUUAAAGUAUGCUAGUUGGGAAAGAAACGUGACUUUGUUUGAUCAGUGCUGACACGUUACAGGAGAUAUCACAGCUAAGCAGGGACAUGCUUUGGUUAUUUGUAACACAUAACAGGACUUCACAUAUAGUGCAGAUAAAACACACUGUGUCAAUAAGGUAAACUAGAGGUCAUUGAAAUGGGAUGCAGACUGGCUUUUGUUUUAGUAUAGAGAAAAGUCAGUCUUGCUACAAAUUUUUUACUGUUUUCAGAUGGAUAAUACACCUUGUUCAUAUAUUUAAGUUUCCUCGGUGAGAUGUAAUGCCCACCUGCCAGUGUAAGCUCUCUGCUCGUCUUACUAAACAGAUUGUCUACUCUAGAUUAUGUGUAGCUUAUGACUGUAAUUCUGCUAUGUUACUAAAAAUUGGUAUUCCCAUCACUUGUAUAUUAUAGAACUCUAUUUUUGAUAGUUUUUGCCUUUAUACAUUGAAUACUAGUACAUUUAUCUUGUGUAAAGAAAAAAAACUUCCUCAUUUCUUUUUUGUAUGAACUUGUGUGUUUCCCUUUAAGAAUUUACAGUAGCUUAUUUAACUCCACAACUUUCUCAUUUGCCAUGAGAUCAAAAAAUGUGUAAUUAACUUUAAGAUUGUGUCAUUUUUGAGUAGGCCACAAAAUGUUAAAUUACAAGUUAAAUAAAAGAAUAAAAUUA